UUUUGGUCAAUUUAUGGUAUUCGAACUUUUUACGUAUUAUAAUACUCCAAUCACUGGUAAAUCUAAAAAGUGCUCACCCUUUGUGUUACAAUCAUCAUCUUUCGAAUUUUAUGUCCUAGAAUUUUCAUUUUGCUUUUUAUGUAACAGAAUGUCGAUCUUUCGCAAAACUUCAAUUUUUGAUGUUUUUUCUCAUCUAUUUUUGUUUGUUUUCUUUUUGAUUCCAACGAAAUUUUCAGGGUUUGUUAUUCAUAAAGUAGGCUAACUUUAUAGAGGUGGAAAAUAAAUUCGACGCAUUCAUGAGUGAGUUACAUGGAUGAAUAUGUACUCAAAUUCAGAGGCAUGAGGGGGUAGGUCAGUUAUCCAUCUCUAACUUUUUUCCUAUUUAAGAUAUCCAAGAUCCCAACUGUGUAAAAUUUUGCAUGGAAAAUAAAAAAUCCUUUUUACUUGUUUGAAAGCUGUUUGUUUUCAAUAUGGCGGCCGUUACCAUGGCAACUGUAGACUUAAACAGAAAACAUUAAAGUUACAUUUUACAUAAUAUGUUUUCCAGUUAUACCCCUUGCUAUAAGGCUUUAUCUAAAAAGGCCAUAGUUACCGAAAUAGGUUUAUAAUCCAGCCCUAGAAGGUGAAGGUAGGCACACAACUGCACUUGGAAAGCUUCCUUAGAUAUUAAAUUGAAAUAUAUAAGGAAUAUCAUAUUGUUAUUGUCUAGAAGUUCAAAAAAUGCCAAAGAUAUCGCUCUCCCCGACUCGUAUUCAUUUCACUUUUCUGUCCCCAAUCCGCUGAUCAACAACAUCAUCGGCAACUAAUUCAACAUAAGUUAAUGAAAAUUAAUUUCGCUUCCAUCAUAAUUCCUCAAGUAGCUAACCUGUUUUAAAGGCUCAGAAACAAGAAUACAGUACUUCUUUUAUUAAUGUUUUUUCCCUUUCUUGACACGGUUUACUGAGGGACGUGUUGUUUGUUUAAAAAAUUCAAGCGCUUAUCGUCAAUAUUCUGUAAUAUAAAAAAAUCCCGCCUCCUUAAAAAUGAAUUGAAACAAAAAUGCUACAAAAUAAAAUAGACACCGUCCCCCCGAAAAAGCACGAAUUGGAAAAGUGAUCUCUGGCUACAGCAAACAAUAUAAUCAAUAACCAGCUUAUUGAUAAUCUUUCAAUAGUGUUAACCCGGGCUAGUGUUCUGAUCGCCCACGUGUGCCUCUACUUGUGUUUUUGGCACCAGAGGCAGUGGGCUGGAAACUGGACGGGCGCAAACUAAUACACAGCGGUAAUAGUGGUAGAUUUUCAUAACGGUUUCUUGCGAGGAAUGGAUAACAGUCAGGAAAUUCUUAUUCGCGUCGAUUUUCGGUCUGCAAGUUAGAAUGUCCCCAGCCAUCUGGAACAAAGUUUGAAUGUGAAGUGCAUAUUCAAAGAUUGUGCGAAAUUUGGACGACUGAAUGAGGUGCGGUUCUUUGGAAAAGGAUACUAUUGUGCAAGUACAUGUAGAAAUAGCAACUAUGGCCGAAAAGUGAUUGAGGUGCUUUAUUGUGCUGCUUUGGUGAAAGAGUGUCAACAGGAGCGUUGCUAAAGUAGAACUAUUGUGUCAUCGACUCCGCCUGGGAGCGCCACUAUGGACGCCAAAGAACUUCUCGAAUACGUUUGGGAGCACCCACCUGAACCUUUUCAUGGUGGUUGUGUUAAAAGAGCUUUGAACCCGUUACUCAAAAGUAUGCGGAUAUUUGGAGGUUACCACGAGUGCAACUACUAUGAUUCAUGGCACAAGAACGAUCGGACAGAAGAAAAGAAAAAACACAGGACAGCCACUGAACCAAAACAACAUCACGUGACACAUAACAACGUAACUCAGGAAGGUCAGAUUUUUCAGAAUGGAAAUCCAGACAAAAAUUCAACAAAAACGAUCCUUGUCAAACGUAAUCCAAAAAUCUCCGCAAUAUCGAUGGCGCACAGCGAUAGCAGCCAAUCUCCUUCUUCCCACGGAGGUCACAUGUUUCUCGUAGAAGAAGCUGAGAAACAAAAUGCGCCUUCACUUUCCCACAACGAAAACAAAACAGGAGAACGUUUUAUCUCCGAACCCCGCACAAAUGAAAGUAUUUUGAAAAAAUGCGGCAUCGUGAACACAAAAACCACAUGCAAGAUUGCACGUUCUCUUGGUUACGGAGACAUGUUAAAAGGAAAAGAUGACGUCAACUCUGGAAAAAUGGAAACGCCCUCAAAAGUGUCAUGUCGUCGAGCUCUGUUGAGUGAUCGGACUUGGUGUGCUCUUGUAGUACUCCUGCUGUGGGUCAACGUUUUCAGGUAAAGUACUGAUAGCCACUUACAACUACGACGGCGGCAAUC